AUACAUAUAUAUCUUAAGCUGUGGAAAUUUUGUUAUUACAUACUUUUGUAGAGUUUGCUUUAGCAGAAAAGGUAAAUGCAAAGCAUUCCGCUUAUAGGAUACACGCACACACACACACACACACACGCACAUUGUGAAGAAUGAAACGCGUUGCUUGUAAAACAACUCCCAAUCGGGAAGCAUCCCGUUGCCAGGGCAAUGCGUGCUGCAGGAUUAUGGAUGUCAAAUCUUGGGUUUUUAGGCGAAAUACUGGCGAUCAGACGACAUGGCUGAGCACGCAGAAUGAAAUGAUUGCCAUUCAGAACAAGUACAUUGACGAGCUGGGCAUCAAUAUAUUCAAUUACAGGGAGCCCCGUUUCGAGGCAAUCGCACAGCCAGACCAAGAAGCAGCAGCUGCAGCAAAUGCACGAGAUGUAGGCGAAAUAAUACCAUCGGCGGCAAUCUUUGAACGUAUUAGUGCGCAAUGCUUGUAUCAAGUCGUUAAGCUGAGUCUGGCAGCGAACCCCUUGGAUGAUGUGAUACGUAUUUUAUGGCCCGGCCUCAGGAGUCGUUUAUAUCGCGAGCGAUUGCACUGCACUAGGCCAAACACAAAGAUCGUAAAGACACAAAAGUUGGACAAGCUGCUGAAUAGCCAACACGUUAAGCAGAUAACCAGCCGAGAGGUGUUCGACAGAGCAAAAGUUUCCAAUCAGCAUCGAAUGCCUCGCCAAAGUCGAGUGGUUAAGGAGGUACAGCGAGCCGCUCGCAAGCAGAGCCAAUUGCUGAUAUGCCUGAAACUGAGCUGGCGCAGGAGACACUGUGUGCCAGGUAGAUAUGUUGAGAUUGAACAAUCGGAAGUUCCAAACACGGAGUCCACGCAAAUCGUCCACUGGAUCAGUGUGGAAAAACAAGAAAUGGCCAGCCCACAGCUGCCUCAAAAACAGCAAAUUUUCACUGGACAUCGCAUUGAAUUCGAGCUGCUUGGGAUUGAAUCAAAAGAGCUGCUCCUAAGGGAAACUGAAAAGCCCGAAAUGCUGACGAUUUCAAUUAACAGCAAUCGCUUGUGGAUCUAUGCAUUCUUCUUCUUUAUAUACACUGUGCUGCUCGUACCGCCCAAUAUUAUUGAGUUUAGCACUUGGUCUUUGGCCGAGGCGUCGAGCUAUCGACAUGGGAAUAGUAACUGUCAGAUAGGGACUACUUUAAGCAAUCUUGGAUCAGCUGCUACAUAGAUUAUGCCCCUAAAUUAGAACUGCAUUUCAUUUGUUGGCAUUGUUGAGUAGAGAAUAAAGUUC